AUGAUUUGUUUGCGAUUAGGGAGUUGUUCCGAAUCCCAACAAGAAUCAGUUCAUCCGUUUAUCGAUCAACUUUAUCAAGAUUUUCGACAACAUUUCCAGCCAAAAUGGAAUGGAAAAAGAGCGCAAUUUGUUGAACAACAUCUUGGAUUGCAAACUUGGCAUUGCAACUCAAAGCGCUCAACCAUAAUCAAAAUGGGGAAAGGAUUGAGUGAUGAUGUUGAGAGAUAUUUAGUCGAAAAUCAAGUUGCUGAGCUGUACGCAAGAAUUGCAACGGAUCGUCUACGUGGGGAUCAUUUGAAUGAGAUGCCGAUUGGACUACGCAAAUUGAGAGAACACAUUCGAUCAGAGAUCUACUCGAAUUGCUCCCUGAACAUGUCCUUCGGAUUCCCCGAGUCAACGAUUUGUGCUCUUCGUGAGAUGUGUGAAUCGUUUGAUGUGGAUCGAAUUGGAUACAUUUCGUCGAUUCAAUUGAUGCAAGCAAUGAAUGGAGUUACUGGAAUGCAGUUGUCAAAACACCAAAUUGAUGGAAUGCUUGAUGAAACGAAUACGAAUGGAGAGGGACAAGUCAAUUAUGAAGUUUUUUUGAAGAUGAGA